GGCCAUAGCCGUACAGUUAGGCUGGUCUCUGCAAUCAAGCACGUUAUCGUUGAGAAGAGUUUUGGCGCCGACAUUUUCAGAAUGUUUGUUUCUCGCUCUGAAUUUUUGGCUUUUGCUGUCUGAGCCUAAUCACUUGAUAGUGUAUCUUGACAACGCUCCUUACCGUGUAAGAGCUAGCAGGCCGUAGCCAUACACGCAGGCUGGUCUCUGCAAUCAAGCUCGUUAUCGUUGCGAAGAGUGUUGACAUUCACUGCUGCUGGUAACGAUGUCACUGUGAGCAACCACCCCUUACUAGAUCUCCAAGCAUUGGUUGUCGUCCAACUUCAAGUUUUUGUUGUUCAUCUAUAACAAAUUGCCUCCUUGCAUUAGUAGCUUACUCUCUGUCUAUCACCUUCAAUAACACCAGCUUUGGCAUUCGCUACUUGCCCUGUCAAGUUGUCCAUUUCGUGAAUUGUCGUUGAUUCGGCAACCACCUUUGUCAGAUUCAUCACAGGCCAACUGGGGCUUCAUUUGAGUCGUCAUUCUAUCUCUGUAGACUAUUAUACCCAACUUUGCCGAGUCCAUUUCCUUAUCGACCUAUCAAUGUCAGCGGACGUGCCCCCCGGCUUUGCAGAUCCCUGUCAUCUUUGCCUUCUUCACAAACUGGUUCUCGAGUGCUUGGCGUGGUCUUCAGGGUUUGCACCAUAUUUUUUGGCCAACCUUAUUGUGCUGAACGGCCUGAGCCUGUAUAGAUUUGGUCACACUAGGACGCGCCUGGCCGGCCUUUUCUGCUGGUCCUGUGAAUCCACAGGACUUGGUGACACUAGAACGUGCCUCGUAAGACCUCUGAGAGACAUGGCCAUUGAGGUCAGUAGAUCAAGACCUAGGAGAGACAUGGCCAUGGAGGUCAGUAGAUCGAAAUGUCUGACAGAGGCGUCCAUUGAGGUCAGUAGAUCGAGAGUCAGUAGAUCGAGGGUGGAGCUGUGAUGAGCAGAGGGGUUGUGGCUGCCCAUGCUUCAUUCCUGUCAUCAUGGUCCAAGUGCAUCAGGGAUCACUGGCAGAGCUGCGACGAGCAGAGAGGUGGUUGCAGUCCCAGCAUUGUCCUCCAAGGAUGCUCCAUUCUUCCAUUGCAGUCUACGUUGAUGCUGGUCAUACCACUCCGUUUUGGCUGAGGUACCUUUUUUCAUCCCACUGGCAUCUGCCACUUUUGCACCUCUUCUCCACUACUCCUAUUCGCUAGGAAUUCCAGCAAGGAUCUCACUAUUAACAUUGCUGAGAUUGUUGGGCAUCACUAGUUAAUAAAUGCUUGUGAUGCUUUCUCAGCCUGCGAGUGAACUCUCUGAUCUUGUCGAGUAUCAGUUCCAAGGUCAUCCCAUUAGCUUUAUAACCUGGGAGUGGGAGUUUUAAGUACCCGUACUGCUUACCCAUCUGUAGCCCAGAGCUCUUCCAGCCACCCCUUAUUUUGUCCUCUUCUCAGGUCAAGGAUAGAGGAUCAUUGGCACAAUAUCUGCAUGGAGGUGACAUCCCGGCUUGACAGCAGCACAUCGGUGGUGCACCAUUGCACGAGCUCUACACCCAUCAACGAUGCACCGUUACUCGAGCUUUACACACAUCAGCGGUGUAACAUCUAUCGCACAGGACACAGCAACAGUGUGCCAUCGCACAAGACGGAGAUCAACGCCAUGACAGCACACAGGCCACACAGCAACUGGGUACUCAACACAGACGGCAUGUCUUUUGCAUUGUGAAUACUUCCAUUUGAUUCAUUUCAGCCAGCACCCUGAUGCACCUUUUUUAGACGCUGUCACCUCAGUUAUUGGUAUAUAAAGGCUCCUCUAUCGUGUCAAGGUGGAAUACACAUUAAUGAUUAAUCAUGGGUAAAUGUCUGAUGUUUUGUGUUCAGGAGGACGGCAUUGUAUAGGAUGGUCUGGCCAACACAGAAUGUGGGCAUACUCUUUUGUUUGAGGACUCACAAGGACUUAGAUUAGUACGACUCCGUGGUGGUUCUCUCAAGAGAUUUGUGUUGACAGUAGCUGCUGCUGCUGUUGUGUCUUUCAUGGAGAAGCAGCAUUUUUGCACAUCCUUGUUUUCUGAGGUUUAAAGCUCUUGUACAGAUCUCAUUUUGCGGUUUGUUUUUUUCUUACUGAGGGUGGUUGGUAGUGUUUCUUUUUUUUUUUGAACCACCUUUUGUUAAGUUCUUUUUGCCUAGUAUGGUUGGCCGGUAGGUGCAACUCUGCCACCACCUGCCUGCAAAUGGUACCUAUAUUUCGAGGCCAUUCUGGGAAGAGAAUAGGCAAAUGAUAUGUGCUAGGUACCUUACAGCAUACCUCCCAGGUGAAAGCUCGCUCCUUGAGCUUUCUCUGGACUCUCCGCACUUUAUCUGCCGGUUCGCCCUGGUGGGAUCUCGAGCAGGUAUGCAGGUGUUGUAGACAUCAGCUUGGCUCCGUCGUCAAUUCCUUCCAUGUUCGCGAAAAGGAGUGUGGAGGCUCGACAGUUUUUCAAAUACAGCCCGGCCGGACAGAUAAUUGGUCGUUCAGGAACUUGCGUUACAUAUGUGAUGUCUGUGAUUGUCAGGAAUUGUUUUGUGUGUCGAAUAAAUAUAUCUCUGGCUC